AUCCGCAAUUCACAGCCAACUUGCAAUUUGAUGCCUCAGUAUUUCAGCUCUUCCUCCGCCUCCUUACAAUCUGUCUCCGGGGAACUUUUCCUAACCCUUAGGGACUUGACCUUUGGUGGCUUAGUUGUAAUGGACUUAGCAAUUAGGCAGCCCUAUAAUCAUACUUGGCCAGCACAUUCGCACUUGGCUCCAUCUUGCUUUGCUAAUGGUACUAGCUUCUCGUCCAGAAUUGACAUUAUAUAUUGCGCUGCCUAAUCAAAUAAACAUGGCGAAGGUUGGCAUAUAUAGAGGCAUGGCCAUCGAUCUGGCUUCACUUAAUGACAGCUUAUUACGACCUCCCAGCUAACUGUCUUAUCACAAAAUGUAUUCUCGGCCAAGUAUAUCCAGGAGCAUCCUGCUGGCGCUUGCAGCUGGUAACACAGCUCUAGCUGCCCUCAACGGACAUUGCCCUCCUCUUGGACCCGUCCUACCUGCUCCCAUCAAUCCUUCGACUCAUGAGCCGGUCAAAUCAGCUGUACAGAACGUUACCGAUGACCUCCAAGAUCUCGUUGCGGAUCUUGAUUCCACCGGCAUAUCCAUCGCGGUCAAGUCGAUACACGAAGCCAACCAACUACUAGAGCUUCAUCACACACCCAGUAUUUUAAACCCUAAUGGAACGAGUGUUAUUACUUCAGAGAGUGUCUACCGACUCGGAAGUAUAUCCAAAAUCUUUGCAGUUCUCUCUUUAUUACAACAUAGCAACGUCAAGCUAGAUGAUCCCAUCACGGACUACGUUCCCGAGCUGCUUGAACUCAGGGGCGAGACAGACGAGGUUGAUGAUAUCACUACUGUUCGAUGGAAUGAAGUAACUCUCGGGUCCCUCGCCUCGCACAUGAGUGGAAUUAGCACAGACCUCGUCAGCGAUCUAGCUACCGUUCCGGCAGACUGGACCAAAGUCGGCUUUCCCACCUUAGACUCAAGCUCGAAAACUGGAUGUGCCGGCGUGCUGGGUCUUCCCGCUUGCAACCGAACUCAGUUCUUCAGAGACUUUGGCAAGCGUCAUCCUGUAUACGCCCCGUUUACCAACCCGGUCUACUCCAACGUUGCAAGCGUCAUUCUCGGCUUCGCUGUUGAGGCCAUCACCAAUACAACCUACGACAAUUACGUCAAGCAGGCGAUUUUCACGCCCCUGGGUAUGAUGAACACGACCAUCUUUAACGGCCCGGAGAAGAACGCGUGGGGCUUCAUUCCCGUCAACGAGACUUGGUGGGGCAGCACCUUGGGAUACGAGGACAUUGCGGGCGGUUUCUACUCCAACACACGCGACCUCCUAUCCUUCGGCACCGGCAUCCUCAACUCCACCGUACUAGACGCAGCCAAAACCCGCAAAUGGAUGAAACCCGCCUCCUCCACCUCCUCCUCGGGCCUACUCAUGGGCGGACCCUGGGAGAUCCUCCGCUCGAGCACCAUUACAAAGGACAAGCGCCUCAUCGAGCUCUACUGCAAGGCCGGUAACUUAAACACCUACAACAACAUGCUGUGCCUCAUCCCCGACUACGGCCUCGUCAUCACCAUCCUCUCCGGCGGCCCGCAGUCCAACGCCGACCUCGUCGACACCGCCCUCACGAAGGUCGUGCAGGGCCUGCUCCCCGCCAUCGAGGACGCGGGCAAGGCCGAGGCUAGGCCCAAGUUCGCCGGGAUCUACGCGGAUGCAGCUACGAACUCCUCCGUAACGCUCUCCCUCGCCGACAGCGACGACGCGCCCGGCAUCGCAGUCUCCCGCUGGCUCGUCCGCGGCGUCGACGUCAUAGAGAACUACGCCAGCUUCGCGGCGCUCUCGAGCAGCCCCAAGGACCGCCCCGUCUCCGUGCGCCUGUACCCCACGAACCUGCGCGCUCCAUCUUGCGGCAAAGUCGCCUGGCGGGCGGUCUUCGAUGUCGGGACGCCCGAGGAGAUCGCGACGAAGGAGGCGAACUCGUUUUGGCCGGAUGCGGGGUGCCAUACUUGGGGCUCGAUGGAUAGGCUUACGUAUGGGUUUCGGUCGAUGGAUGAGUUUGUGUUUGAGCUUGGUGUGGAGGGGGAUGGGGAGGGGGAGGCGACGGGGGUGGAGUUGAGGGCUUUUAGGGUGGUGUUGAAGAGAGAGGGUUAGAUUUUACAAGGGAGGGCAUGAAGAAAAUAGGGGAUGGGAGGAGUGUUGGUAUAAAGGUGGCAUUUAUGAGUCCUGAGUGUUAGUGUAAUGUGUUAGUAUAAUGUAUAUAUUGGUGAUCACCUCAUGCUUGCACAUAUAUAACAACUGUGUUGUAUUGACCUAGGUAGGUUAGGUGUUGUAUCAUUUGCCAGACAAGAUGUCUUGCCUACCUACCUAGGUAGAGUUACUGAACAGUUCACGUAUGCGUUGGGAGCCCAGGGAAACACACAAACUCUCAAUAUCAAUCAAUCAAUCACUUAACGGAUCAUUCAAUCUGCAAAUAACAAGACUUUUAUUACCAUUCAAACAGCUAAAACAGGUAAACAGCUCUAGAUAAACUUAUCAGAGCACCUCCCAUCCCUAUUAAUCAGUCGAGUUUGUUUUUUGUUUAGAGCAUUUGGACUCCCCCCUUUUCAUUCUGUCGAGAAUCUGAAGAGAUUCCCGACAUACCUAGUCUUGUUUUUUUCAUGGCGAGCUGCGUU